AAGCUUACUUUCUCACAUCCUUACAAAGAAAUUCUCAAAAUUCUUCAAAUUAAUUGUACUUCCCCUAAAAUAAGUGAAGAUGAAGCUGAAACGUCAGCCAAAAAGCGUGGAAGAAAAAAAUUAUAUGUUCCAGAAAUGACUUUUAAAUCAGAAGAGGCUAUCCGUAUUAUUGAACAAAUCGAUCAAGCUAUAAGGGUUGAUGAAUCAGGUGAAAAAAGUAGUAGUCAGUUUCAACCUGAUAAAUGUAUUUGUAUUACUCAAGAGAAUGAAUGUUAUACUAGCCUAGUUGCUGAAAUACCUGAAUCAAAAAUAAGUAAAUUAACUUCUUGGGCUGUCUGUAAAGGUGCAAUUUGUACAUCCAGCAGUGAUAUGGUUCUAGCAGUUCUG